CUAUUGCAGAUCACAAGCCUCUGGUAAAGUAAUAAGUGGAGAGGAACAUUUUUCAAGCAAAAAGUGCCUGGCUUGGUUUUAUGAAUAUGCAGGUCCUGAUGAAGUUGUGGGGCCUGAAGGAAUGGAAAAGUUCUGUGAAGACAUCGGUGUUGAGCCUGAAAAUAUUAUUAUGUUAGUUUUAGCCUGGAAACUAGAGGCUGAAAGCAUGGGAUUUUUUACCAAGGAAGAAUGGUUGAAAGGAAUGACCUCAUUACAGUGUGAUUGUACAGAAAAAUUACAGAGUAAAUUUGACUUCUUGCGGUCACAAUUGAAUGACAUUUCAUCCUUUAAGAAUAUCUACAGAUAUGCCUUUGAUUUUGCAAGGGAUAAAGACCAGCGAAGUCUUGAUAUUGAUACUGCAAAAUCCAUGUUAGCUCUUCUGCUUGGAAGAACUUGGCCACUGUUUUCAGUAUUUUAUCAAUACUUGGAGCAAUCAAAGUAUAGAGUUAUGAACAAGGAUCAGUGGUACAAUGUGCUAGAGUUCAGCAGAACUGUCCAUGCAGAUCUUAGCAACUAUGAUGAAGAUGGUGCAUGGCCUGUACUUCUGGAUGAAUUUGUUGAAUGGCAAAAAGUUCGUCAAGCGUCAUAGCAAGAAUUCAAAAGAAAAUGCAAAAGUUUUUUUGGUGCGCGCCUGUACACAAACUAAUGAGAAAAACAAAGGAUUGCAUUUUCAUUCUUAAGAAAGACUUUACAAUAUUUUUUUUUUUUUCCUUUUUUAAGGAAACUUUCUUGUUACACGUGAUAUGGGCAUUGAACCACACCUCUUCUGAGACUGAAAGUUGGAGUUCUUGUUUUGAGUCUUAUGUUUAUAGCAUUUAUUUCAGAACAAUAAAGAUUCAGAUUUGUGACAAAGGC